AUGUCUUCCUCGUCGCCGCUGCUGCUGCCUCCCCCUCCGCCGGCCCAGGCCCCUCCUUCCCCCGCUCUCCCUCCCGGCGCGUCCCCGCCGCCCCCUGGCGCGCCCCCGCCCCGCCGUGGCUCGCCCCAGCCGGGGGUCUUCCGCGUCCCCGCGCUGUGCCUGGCCUGGUACGCGCUGAGCGCGGGCGGGAACGUGGUGAACAAGGUCCUGCUGGGCGCGUUCCCGAGGCCCGUGACCGUCUCGCUGUGCCACGUGCUGGGCCUGGUGGCGCUGCUGCCCCCCUUGCUGCGCGCCUGGCGCGUGCCCGCCGCCAGCCCCGCCCAGCUGCCCCCGCGCGCGUACCCGCGGCUCAUCCUCCCGCUCGCCUUCGGGAAGUACCUCGCCUCUGUCUCCGCGCAUGUCUCCCUCUGGAGGGUGCCCGUCUCCUACGCGCACACCGUCAAAGCGACGAUGCCUAUCUGGGUGGUGCUGCUGUCGAGAAUCAUCAUGAAGGAGAAGCAGACAACCAAGGUGUACUUAUCCCUCAUCCCCAUCAUCGGGGGCGUCCUGCUGGCCACGGUCACGGAGCUGUCUUUCGACACGUGGGGGCUCAUCAGCGCUCUGGCUGCCACGCUCUGCUUCUCCCUCCAGAACAUUUUCUCCAAAAAGGUGCUGAGGGACUCCCGGAUCCACCACCUGCGCUUGCUGAACAUUCUGGGCUGCCACGCUGUCUUCUUCAUGAUCCCCACCUGGGUCCUGGUCGACCUCUCCGCCUUCCUGGUCGAGAACGACUUGAGCUCGAUGGUCCAUUGGCCCUGGACUCUCCUCCUACUCACCAUCAGUGGCUUCUGCAACUUCGCCCAGAACGUCAUCGCCUUCAGCAUCCUCAACCUCAUCAGCCCGCUGAGCUACUCGGUCGCCAACGCCACCAAGAGGAUCACGGUCAUCAGCGUCUCUCUCCUCAUGCUCAGGAACCCGGUGACCUCCACCAACGUCCUGGGAAUGAUGACCGCCAUCCUGGGGGUCUUCUUGUACAACAAGACCAAAUACGACGCCAACCAGGAGAGGAAGAAGCAGCUCCUUCCCAUCACGGCGGGGGACCUUCCCGGCGGCCUGGAGCGUCACCGGAGCCCCCCGGAGAAGGCCCAGAACGGACUCUCCUCCUUCCUGCACCACCACGGAGGGGACUUCCAGUACGGCAACCGGGGAGCGGGAGGCGGCGGCGGCGUCCUGGCCGACCACUUCCAGUACAGCCGGCAGAACUACCCCGCCAUGUACAGCUCCAGCCGUUACGACAUCUAGCGAGAGGCUGGGUCCCGGCCGGCACAACCCAAGACUCUCCGAGGACGGAGAGGGGCCUUGA